ACUAUUGGGACUAAAGGCAUGUGCCACCAUGCCUGGUACUGACUGAGCAGAUAGUGAGUGCUCAGUAAAUGAUCAGAUUGGUCUGUCAUUGUCACCGCCACCACCAUCACCACCACCACCACCAUCUCCAUCAUCACCACAACCAUCAUCAUCACCACCAUCCUCAUCAAGUAAAAUGACAUCAUAACAUGACUCAGACCUUGGAGUCACAGUCAGAAACCUGGGUCCCAUUUCUGGCUUUGUCCUUUAUAGGUCACGAGGCUCUGGGAAAGUCACUUAACCCCUUUGUUUCCUCAUUGAGUGCUGCGUCAAAGACACCAGCCUUCACCUUUCCCCCAUGCACUGUGAUGGUGCCAGAGACAGUCAUUCAGUCGCUCAGUGGUUCUUUCUCACGAACCUUGUCUCAACCAUCGUGGGACGGCAUCUCGCACCACACUCGCUGCUCACUGUCCAUCGAAGUCUCUGCGUUUGAAUCUGUGUGUCUUGACUGCUGUUGAAGGUAGCCAUCUUGCUUUAGUAUCUUUGUAAAUUUUUGUGCCCACUUCCGUGUUUUUAUAUACAAGGGCUGCCAUAUUUGUUGCAUGACAUUUUCCUUAAGGGGAAAGUCAUUGUAUCCCGCUUGCUGAGCAAGAUAGUUUCAUGAGCUGUUUCUGUCUCCCGUAAGAAGUGCAUGCAUUCAAGGGACAGGCACACGAGAGGGUUGGAUUUAGAGGGUAUGAACUGGGAUCUGAUGGACAAAUCGACGUUUGUUAAAGAUUUGGGAAGGGUAUCUUGGGUGGAGCAAUGGCAGAGAAAGGUGUAGCCUGCACAUUUGCUGGACUUGAGCCACAGGCUGUGGAAGAAGGGGUGGAACCAACUUGGGGUUCAGGGGUUCAGCUGGCAGGAAAUGGCAGAGAACUUGUGCCGUGUGCAGAUUGGGACUUCCUCAAGGCCAGGGAGGGCCGUGGAUGAUUUCAGCAUAAUAUGACUGGCUUCCUGCACUUGGGGACACUGACUGGGAUCACUGGAGGCUGACUGGAUAGCAAGGACAAUGGCAGCUUACUCACAGAGGAGACAGCCAUCUUGGGUGGUAGACAAUAAAAGAUCGAGGAUGACUCCAAACCUGCCACAGCUCCUGUCAGCUCUGACCCUUCUGCAUCUGACAAUGUAUGCAAACGGUCUGAAGAAAGGGGUACAAGAUUUGAAAUGCACAACCAACAACAUGCGAGUGUGGGACUGCACGUGGCCAGCUCCCCUCGGUGUCAGCCCAGGAACUGUUAAAGACAUUUGCAUUAAAGACAGGUUCCAUUCUUGUCACCGAUUAGAGACAACAAAUGUUCAAAUUCCAGCUCUUUCACCUGGUGAUCACGAAGUCACAAUAAAUUAUCUAAAUGGCUUUCAGAGUAAAUUCAUAUUGAAUGAAAAAGAUGUCUCUUUAAUUCCAGAGACUCCCGAGAUCUUGGAUCUGUCUGCUGACUUCUUUACCUCCUCGUUACUAUUGAAGUGGAACGACAGAGGGUCUGCUCUGCCUUACCCCUCCAAUGCCACCUGGGAGAUUAAGGUCCGACAGAACCCGAGGACGGAACCGGUAGCGCUCGUGUCACUCAAUGCAAUGUUGAGUGGUAAAGACACAGUUCACCACUGGAACUGGACCUCAGACCUGCCCUUGCAGUGUGCCACUCACUCGGUGAGCAUCAGAUGGCACGUUGACUACCCUCACUUCUCCGGUUAUAAAGAGUGGAGUGACUGGAGCCCACUGAAGAACAUCUCCUGGAUUCGUAAUACGGAGACUAAUGUUUUCCCUCAAGACAAAGUGGUGCUCGCAGGCUCAAACAUGACCAUUUGUUGUAUGAGUCCCACGAAAGUGCUUUCAGGGCAGAUUGGCAAUACGUUUCGUCCUCUCAUCCAUCUGUACGGGGAAACUGUGGCGAUCCAUAUCCUGAACAUACCCGUUUCGGAAAACAGUGGCACAAACAUCAUUUUCAUCACAGAUGACGAUGUGUACGGAACGGUGGUCUUUGCAGGCUAUCCUCCCGAUGUCCCUCAGAAGCUGAGCUGUGAGACACACGACUUAAAAGAGAUUAUAUGUAGCUGGAAUCCAGGAAGGAUAACAGGACUGGUGGGCCCACGAAAUACAGAGUACACCCUGUUUGAAAGCAUUUCGGGAAAAUCGGCAGUAUUUCACAGGAUUGAAGGACUUACAGAUGAGACCUACUGGUUAAGCUUGCAAAUGCAUCCCGACCAAGAAAUCCAUAACUUCACCCUGACUGGUCGCAAUCCACUGGGACAGGCACAGUCAGCAGUGGUCAUCAAUGUGACUGAGAGAGUUGCCCCUCAUGUUCCAAUUUCGUUGAAAGUGAAGAACAUCAAUUCAACCGUUGUUACAUUUUCUUGGCAUUUACCAGGAAAUUUUACAAAGAUUAAUCUUUUAUGUCAAAUUGAAAUUUGUAAAGCUAAUUCCAAGAAAGAAGUGCGGAAUGCCACAAUCAGAGGCGCCGAGGAUUCAACUUACCAUGUCGCUGUGGACAAAUUAAACCCAUACACUACAUAUACUUUCCGGGUUCGUUGUUCUUCCAAGACUUUCUGGAAGUGGAGCAGGUGGAGUAAUGAGAAGCGACAUCUCACCACAGAAGCCACUCCUUCAAAGGGACCAGAUACUUGGAGAGAGUGGAGUUCUGAUGAAAAAACCCUAAUCAUCUACUGGAAGCCUUUACCCAUUAAUGAAGCUAAUGGAAAAAUACUUUCCUACAAUGUAUCGUGUUCACUGAAUGAGGAGACACAGUUUUCGGAGAUCUUUGAUCAUCAACACAGAGCAGAGAUACAGCUUAGUAAAAAUGACUACAUCAUCAGUGUGGUAGCAAGAAAUUCUGCUGGCUCAUCACCACCUUCGAAAAUAGCUAGUAUGGAAAUCCCAAAUGAUGACAUCAUAGUAGAGCAAGCAGUGGGGAUAGGAAACAGGAUCUUCCUCACCUGGCAUCACGACCCCAACAUGACUUGUGACUACGUAAUUAAAUGGUGCAACUCGUCUCGGUCUGAGCCCUGCCUCCUGGACUGGAUAAAGGUUCCUUCAAACAGCACUGAGACUGUCAUAGAGUCUGAUCAAUUUCAGCCAGGAGUAAGAUACAACUUUUACCUCUAUGGGUGCACAAACCAGGGAUACCAACUGUUGCGUUCUAUAAUUGGAUACGUAGAAGAAUUGGCUCCGAUUGUCGCGCCAAAUUUCACCGUGGAAGAUACGUCUGCAGACUCGAUAUUAGUGAAAUGGGACGACAUCCCCGUGGAAGAGCUCCGAGGCUUCCUAAGGGGGUAUUUAUUUUACUUUCAGAAAGGAGAGAGAGAUACGCCUAAGACGAGGAGCUUGGAGCCACAUCAUUCUGACAUCAAGCUAAAGAACAUCACUGACAUCUCCCAGAAGACGCUGAGGAUCGCUGAUCUUCAGGGGAAGACCAGUUACCAUCUGGUCCUGCGAGCCUAUACGCACGGUGGUCUAGGCCCAGAGAAGAGCAUGUUUGUGGUGACCAAGGAAAACUCUGUGGGAUUGAUUAUUGCCAUCCUCAUCCCAGUGGCCGUGGCUGUCAUUGUAGGCGUGGUAACGAGCAUCCUUUGCUAUCGGAAGCGAGAAUGGAUUAAGGAAACAUUCUACCCAGAUAUUCCCAAUCCAGAAAACUGUAAGGCGUUACAGUUUCAGAAGAGCGUCUGCGAGGGAAGCAGUGCUCUUAAGACAUUGGAAAUGAACCCCUGUACCCCGAACAACGUCGAAGUCCUGGAAUCUCGGUCAAUAGUCCCCAAAAUAGAAGAUACAGAAAUCAUUUCCCCAGUUGCUGAGCGUCCUGGGGAGAGAUCUGAGGCGGACCCCGAGAACCACGUGGUCGUGUCUUACUGCCCACCCGUCAUUGAGGAGGAAAUAACGAACCCUGUAGCCGAGGAAGUGGGAGGGGCUUCCCAGGUCGUGUACAUCGAUGUGCAGUCCAUGUAUCAGCCGCAAGCCAAAGCAGAGGAAGAGCAGGACACGGAUCCUGUGGUGGUGGCAGGCUAUAAGCCACAGAUGCGCCUUCCCAUUAACCCCGCCGUGGGAGACACGGCAGCAGAAGCUGAAGCGGACAAGACCGCUGGUUACAGACCUCAGGCCAAUGUAAACACUUGGAAUUUGGUCUCUCCAGAUUCCCCGAGGUCCACAGACAGCAACAAUGAAGUUGUCUCUUUUGGAAGUCCGUGCUCCAUCAAUUCCAGGCAAUUCUUGAUUCCUCCUAAAGAUGAAGACUCUCCUAAAUCCAAUGGAGGAGGGUGGUCCUUUACAAACUUCUUCCAGAACAAACCAAACGACUAACCAGGUCACCCUUUGUCACUUCAGUCUGCCAUCUCAGUAAGUCCCCCCUGCCGCUGUCCUGGCAGCAGCUGGGGCAUUUCUGGAGGGACCCUGCAAAUGCUGAUAGCCAGGGACCUUCACUCUGGGCAAGUGACACUAGAAGUGUUAAUGUGCUUUUAAUGUAUCCUAAAAGCCAGAGUGCAGUGACUCAGCCCUCAGCCACGGGAACUCAAGAUUUGAAGCUGUAUUUGAUUGAGCCAAAGAGUCCUGCCGAAGGACCUGGAGACUAACUAACUCUGUCCAGUGCAUACAUGCUAAACAGAUCUCACAACCGUUUACUGUGGUUAAUGGUUUUCUCAUCUCUGUAUGGUAUGGGAUUUCGAGUGGAUUUACAGGCAAGGGAGAAAACCAUCCCGAGUCAAAACAACGUUAAUUUGCCUGACAUUUACUGCGGUCUAGAGGAGAACCAAGCACAGAUCUUAAAGCCGUGAUGAUGUCUCUGUCCUGACACCAUUCACAAAAGCAAAUCUAGUUUCUAAUGUAGCAGCAGCUAUCUGGUGUUCUGUUUGAGAAAGCGUGCUGAUUUCUGUGCCUACAGUAUAAUGGUUAUCAAACAGUUGUCUCAGGGGUACAAACUUGGAAAAAAAGCAAGUGCAGCGCUGACCAGUCCGAAUCAGCAUCACACCGUCCUGCUUCCUCGGGGUGUGAAAACCUUUCUCCUCUCUCGUUGCUUGCAUGACAGCUUCCCUUAGUACAAUUGACUGCCCUAAUGUUGGAAAUCUCUUGAACUAUGCCCAAAUUUUCUCUAUUUGCUUUGGGUCGUGUUAUAGGGUCUGCUUCGUAAGAGCGAAUGAAUUCAUCAUUAUUUACAGUUAGAUAAUUGUAAUGAGUUACUACGUAAGAUGACUACUAAGAAAUAGCCAGUGGUGUGUGCUGACUGCAUAGCUGUGACGAGGCUCAGUUCCCCCUGAGAGGAUAGGCCAUUAAGCCUAACCAACAGCUAGCUGGCUGAUGAUCUCUGAGGCUCCUCAGGAGCUUUCCCUGCUGCUCCUGAGCCUCGGCUCCUCCUCCCUCAGGCACUUGGGGGUCCAGAGUCUCAGACCCUGCCUUCAAAUCCGUAAACCUAAACAUAAAGGGAGAUAACUUCCCUUUGGAGCAGUUAGUGGUUAAACUGUAAUAGAGGUUAUAAAACUUACGGAAGUGGGAGGGCGUGGCACCUGGGAUUGUUCCAUCAGCAGUGAAGAGGCAGGUCCUGAGCACAGCACCUCAGUACACCCUGGUUUCUCAUCAGCAACGUGUUCGGGGAAUGUGAUUCUUAGAGAAGCAGUGAAAACCUGAGAUGUAUGUCAUGUGUUUGCUCUGCCUCUGGGCACAUGACAGUUGGAAACACCCCAGGAGUAGACGACCUUUAUUUGUGUCAUCUGAAGUCCCCCAAAUUUUACAGAUAAUGGAUUGUUCUUUUUAGUUCAGAUUUUAUCUUUUAUCUUUUUAUUUUAUUUUAUUUUAUUUUAUUUUAUUUUAUUUU